UCCGGCGCUGCGCAGAGGGGCGCCUUCUCCAGGCGGGGCGGCGGGGGCGGCCAGGGACUGCGACCUGCCUUUCUGGGGGAAGCGUCUACCUCCCGCUGGCCGGCUGCCCCGAGGGCCUGUGCCCGUUGGGCGGACGCGGCCCCCAUGCCGGGUCACCCCGCCAGCGCGGCCGGGGCACCCCUGCCCCGCUUCCAGUUCCGGCCACGGCUGGAGAGCGUGGACUGGCGACGGCUGAGCGCCAUCGACGUGGACAGGGUGGCGAGGCAGCUGGACGUGCCGACGCUGCUGGAGAACAUCAGGAACGUCACCUUCUGCAGAGUACAGGACGAGAAGUGCCCGCACUGCCACUCGGGGCUGCAGCCCGGGCUGCUGACGCUCAUCCGCCUGGCGCAGCUCGCCGUCGAGCACCUGGUGCACUCGCGGGACUUCCUCGCCUCGCAGCUGCGGGGCCUGGAGGAGCGGCUGCGCCAGAGCCUGGGCGACUGCGCGCAGAGCAAGGCGCUGCUGGCCCAGCAGGCCGGGGAGCUGGAGCUGCUCAAGCGGGAGUGCAAAGGUGCCAAGAAGAUCAUCUCGGCCCAGCAGCUGCUGAUCAGAGCCAAGGCCUGCUAUUGCCAGGGUCGCCCUGCUUCUCUACAAAGCCACCUUCAAGGUCGCCACCCUGAUGAUUCUCGUCUUGAGGGUAAGGCCAAGACACAGACAGACGAGCUGCAGGAGGAGAUCGAGGCGUUGAAGGCCCAGCUGCAGCUGACCAGGUUCCAGCUGGACGCUGCCCGGCAGGCCCCCGAGGUCAGGUUCUCCAAGGAACACGUCUUUCUGAGUUUACUGGAUUUGUGGAAAGAAGAAAAGAAAGUGAAACUAGUUGGUGAAGUGGAAAAAGUCAAAGAGAUGUUUAUGAAAGAGUUUAAAGAGUUAGCUUCCAAGAAUUCAGCAUUAGAAUAUCGAUUAUCAGAAAUCCAGCGGUCUAAUACGCAGAUCAGCUCCAACAUGAGCUCGCUGAAUGAUGCACCCGAGCCAAAAGAAGACUGCUCCGAUCCUCGGGAUUUCUGAAGCAUGAUGAAGCUUGUUGACAGCCAGGGAAGCAAGUGGACAGUGCGAUUGCCAGCUCUGCCUCAGGAGCACAAGAAGGACAAGGGUCAGCUCCUGCCACCUACCGAGAAACUGCAGGCCUCAGCGAUAGACGACCUAACUGCAAGCAAUGAUUUCUACAAAAAAAGGAUGGAAGACCUUUACCAGAAAGUCCAGGAGUAGAAUGAGCUGAUUCUCACACAGAGGCGGCAGAUUAAAGAGCUGGCCACUAAGCCACCUCUCAGCAGGGUCAGGGAACUCAAAGGGAAGUCUUCAACAAGGCGAGGUGUUCGCUCUAAGUCAGCUACUCCAGCCUUCCCUGUGAGUAUCUCAACCCCUCAGACUCUGCAAGCCAAACCAGAUCUAACGAGGCCAGCCGAACCGGUAUUCUUGUCGCACGUGCUGAGACCAGAAGGAGAAUUUCCAGAGGAAGCAAAAGGAAGGGAAAAUGAAGAGAAAUCCAAUUACUGGAGAAAUUUAAGGAAAGCAUUGCAGACGAAGCCUGAUCGCACUAAGGAGAUCAAAACACUCUUGGAACAGAGCUUGGUAGAGGAACUAGAAACCUGGGAUAUUAAUGCAGACACACGCAGUAUUCCAAACGAUCUCUUGAGUAUUGGGAUGAGCGCGGUGGAAUCAAGACACAAGGAAACAAGACAAACAGCGAUCAGGCAGCAGAUCCGAGAGUCCCUUCAGCAUGAGCUGAACUGUAAACUGGAACAGCGAACAUUCCUGCCUUCAGACAGGCGCAGUGGGCCUCGGGUGGACACCCAUCAGGCUGCAGAAGUCCUCAGAGCAUCCCAGCUUCCUCCGCAAAACAGACAGUCGGUUACGCAAAAACCUGCUUUUCCUGAGAAGACGGCUGUCCCAAAAAUUCAGAAAAAUAGCAUAGGCCAUUUUCCCAGGAGGUCUGCGUCUGCUCUGAAGCCUGUGUUGGGUUCACAAGAGGAGCUGGGUGAGGGCGGGUUCAUGCAGGCUUGGGCGUCUCCUGAGUCACCUCUCGAGCAGUCUUCUCCAAGCAACAAGGAUGGCAUCAGAAAGAUCACGGUCAGCAGUGGCACGGACGGGACAGAUGGGAGCAAAACUGUGGGCCCCGACGUUUCUCCCGAGCCCACAGGAGCCUGCAUGGAAACACUAGUGGAGAAAGUCGGAAAGAUGGUGUCCCAUCACAGACAUGGGAAUAAACCAGCCAGGGGGAUUAACGCUGCUGAUGUGUUGAUGACAAAGGAAGAAAUACAAGAUGAACUAAAGUGCUUAGAUGUGGAGGACGACGACUGGGACACACAACCCCUGGAGGGGGACACCUACGAGAAGAAACCUGGGGAAGAGCUGGAGGACCCUCCACUGGUGAAGAAUGAAUUGAAUUCAACUCAAGUGCGGAAUGCCUGGGGCGCCCUCUAGCGGGACCAGGGAAAACAACCGAAUAUUUCUAAAAAGAGCUAAGUGAGACCCACUGAAGUGAUUACAAUUCUACACAUCGCAGGAUUCUCCCAGGAGCCAACAGUGUUCAGCACAUGAUUCUAAAGCACCUACCUUACAGUG